AUGUCUACUUUUGACUUUAUUAUCGUCGGAAGUGGCCCCUCGGGCAGUGCUCUCGCCGCUCAACUUGCGAGCUCUCCUGCCAAGCCUCAAAUUCUUCUACUGGAAGCAGGUGAGAAAAAGGAAGAUCGCAAUCUUCGCGUGGAUGGACAGCGAUGGACCACUUUCCAGAACCAGUCUAUGAACUGGGGAUACAAGACUGCCCCGCAGGAAGACUGCAACAACCGUGAAAUCGAUUACAGCCGCGGUCAUUGCCUGGGUGGAUCUAGCGCUAUCAACUUUGGCGUUUACAGUGUCGGCGCCCGCGACGAUUACCAGGAGUGGGCGCGCAUUGUCGGCGAUGAGACCUUUGCGUGGCAGAAUAUCCAGACAAGGUUGAAAGAUCUGGAAACCUUUCAUGGAGAAACGCCGGAAGGAAUGGAUAAGAAAUAUGCCAACCCGAAGUCUGAUGAUCAUGGUAAUCAAGGUCCAUUGCAUGUGGGCUUUGCGCGCGAGUGGGAGAGAGAUUUGACGGAACUGUUGGAUGUCUUCGAGCAGGCUGGAUUUCCCUUGAAUCCGGAUCAUAACUCUGGAAACCCAAUUGGAAUGUCAGUCUUGAUUAAUUCGGCUCACAACGGCUUGCGCUCCACAGCGGGGGAUUUGGUGGCCCAAAGAGAGGGGAGCCAUUUGACAGUUGUCACUGGUGCACCGGUUCAGCGUGUUAUCCUAGAAGGGAAGAAGGCCGUGGGUGUUGAAUCGAACGGCACAAAAUACUUUGCCACAAAGGAAGUGAUUUUAUGCGCUGGCUCGCUCAACGAUCCUCGUAUCCUCAUGCACUCGGGUAUUGGGCCCUCCGCCCAGCUUCAACAAUAUAACAUCGAUGUCGUCCUCGACUCCCCCGCCGUCGGUCAGGGCCUUCGCGACCAUUGCUUUGUCCCGAUGGUGAACACCCGUACAGACACAAGCACGGACCGAAAGUCCUUUUAUGGCUCCCAGGAGGCCAUGGAUGCCGCACAAAAGCAGUGGCAAGAGAACGGCACCGGACCCUGGGCAAAAUUUGCCUGUGAACUGGGUAUUGGCUGGUUCAAGCUCGCCGAGCAGCUCACUUCCUCCCCAGAAUUUUACGCCCUCCCAGCAGACGAACAACGGUACCUUCUCCAGGAGACCGUGCCGCAUUACGAGAUCAUCACCCAUUUCCCGAUUCACUGGUUCAUCCCUGACUUCCCAUCCGAGGCACUGAACUACUCUUGCCUGCUUGUAUUUCUGUUCAAUGCGCAAACUCGUGGCGAGGUCACUCUGCAGUCUUCUGACCCCGACGCUCCGCUCCACUUCAACCCUAAGUUCCUUGCUCACCCCUUUGAUCGUCGGCUCGCGAUCGAGGCCCUGCGAGACUCUUUCCGGGUCGCUAAGCAUGAAUCCUACACAAAGGACAAUGUGGCUGAGUUGGCUAUGCCCAAAGGUGAAUCCGACGAGGAUCUACUUGAAUAUUGGCGCCAGAACAUCUCCUCAAGCUGGCACAUGACUGGAACAGUGAAGAUGGGCAAGAAUGAUGAUCCGGAUGCUGUUGUGGAUCCUGAUUUCAAGGUGAUUGGUAUCGAGAGCCUACGUGUCGCUGACAUGAGUGUUGUACCUGUGUUGGUCAAUGCUCAUGUCCAGGCAGUCGCUUAUGUGACCGGUGCAACUUGUGCGGAGAAAAUUGCGAAGGAAUAUGUUCUUGCUUAG